CGGACGGACAUGAGGACGGCGGAGGACUCGAACGGGACGGUGCUGCACCGGCUGAUCCAGGAGCAGCUGCGCUAUGGGAAUCUCACGGAGAACCGCACUCUGCUGGCCAUCCAGCAGCAGGCCCUGCGCGGCGGCGGAGCCGGCAGCCCCCGCUCCUCCCUGGAGAGCCUCAGCCCGGAGGAGAGCCAGAUGGUGCAGCAAUCCACGCGGCAGGAGCCGCAGGGCCAGGAGCAUCACUCCGACCACAUCUACCUGGAGAACAGCGUCUAUCGGCUCUGCCCGCCCAAGGGCGAGGAGCUCCCCACCUACGAGGAAGCCAAGGCGCAUUCCCAGCUCCUCGCCUCGCAGCGGGCAGCGGCCGGCGCGGGGCUCCGGGCUGAGACCGCCCAGCGCGGGGCCGAGAGCGGGGCCCGGCGCCCCGACGAGGGGCUCAAGGACCUGAAGCACGGCCACGUGCGGUCGCUGAGCGAGCGGCUCAUGCGGAUGUCGCUGGAGAGGAACGGGGCCAAGGCGCAGAGCCCCAUCAGCGCUUCCCACAGCUUCCCGCAGCUCUCCCGGCAGCUCGUCCCCCUGCGCGGGCAGCAGCAUCCCGAGGGCACGGAGCCGCGGGGACCGCCCCCGGAAUAUCCCUAUGUCAUCCCGAACCAGGACGCUUACCUGGCUGAACCCCGACCCUGCUCCCGGGAAGGUCCUGGAUUUCAGCAUCCUGAGAUCAGGGUGCUGCCCACCCCGGUCCCAGCCGCGUUCCUGCCGCUGUGUCCGGGCGCUCUGGGCCCGGCUGGCGUGGAGGCGCUGGUGAGUGCCCAGGCGGUGUCUGCCGGCAGCCGCCUGGCCCGGGCAGACGCCGUCCUGCGGGAGAACGAGAGGCUCCAGCGGGAGAGCGAGAAGCUGCGGCGGGAGCUGGAGAGCUGUGCCGAGAAGGCGAGCCGCAUCCAGAAGCUGGAGAGUGAGAUCCAGCGCAUCUCGGAGGAUUACGAAAACCUCGUCAAGGCAUCUUCCAAGCGGGAAGCCUUGGAGAAAGCCAUGAGGAACAAGAGAGAUUGUGAGAUGCGACGGCUCCAGGAUUUCAACCGAGACCUGAAAGAGCGACUGGAAUCGGCGAACAAGCAGCUGGCCAGCAAGACCCAGGAAAACCAGGACAGCAACCAGGGCAGCGUGGCCAAACUCCUGGCACAGAGCUACGAGCACCAGCAGGAGAAGGAGAAGCUGGAGCGGGAGGUGUCCCUGCUGCGCAGUGCCAACGAGGACCAGCGGCGGCGGGCAGAGCUGCUGGAGCAGGCGCUGGGCAGCGCCCAGGCACGGGCGGCCAAGGCAGAAGCCGAGCUCCGGAAGAAACGAGCCUACGUGGAGAAGGUGGAGCGGCUGCAGGCAGCCCUGGGGCAGCUCCAGGCCGCCUGCGAGAAGCGGGAGCAGCUGGAGCUGCGGCUCCGCACCCGCCUGGAGCAGGAGCUGAAGAUGCUGCGGGCUCAGCAGAGGCAGGCGGGCACCGCGAGCGGGGGGACGCCGGAGCUGAGCGCCCACACGCUGUCGGAGCAGCUGAGGGAGAGGGAAGAGAAGAUCCUGGCGCUGGAGGCCGACAUGACCAAGUGGGAGCAGAAGUACCUGGAGGAGUGCACCAUGCGCCAGUUCGCCAUGGACGCCGCGGCCACGGCGGCCGCCCAGCGCGACACCACCCUCAUCAGCCACUCCCCACGGCACUCCCCCAACAGCAGCUUCAACGAGGACCUUCUCCUGGCCAGCCACAAGCACCAGGAGAUGGAGAACAGGUUAAAAGCCCUUCAUGCCCAAAUCUUGGAGAAAGAUGCUGUCAUCAAGGUCCUGCAGCAGCGCUCGCGGAGGGACCCCAGCAAAGCCCUUCAGGGCUCCCUGAGGCCGGCCAAAUCCGUGCCCUCCAUCUUCGCUGCCUCUGCCUCCCCAAUCUGGCCGGGGGCUGGCCAGAGUGACCGGGCAUCUGAGGGCAGCUCCCGUGGCAGCACAGAGUCUCCUCCAGCAGGCAAAGCCGCCGCUGAAGGGACGGCAGUGUCCACCACCCUUCCCUUGCCAUCCCACUCGAAGCACGGCAGCAAGGAUGGCAGCACACAGACGGACGGAGCGGCCGGGAGCAGCGGGCAGGGCGAGGGCACCGCAGUGCUGGAGAGCUCGGCCACUGCCAGAGCCCCGGACCUGUCUGACAUGGUGGAGAUCCUGAUUUAA